AUGUCUUUUUGGCAGAAAUACAAUAGUAUUCCUCGUACAGGCCGUCUUUGGAUUGGCGUUUCCACCUUGCUUGUGGCCUACUUUGGCGGAGAACUCGUGGAUCGCAUGUAUGAAAACAGGCUUGUUGAAGAUGAAGCAGAGCGCCGCUUGAAACACCAGGAACUUCAAGGAAAACAAACUCAGAAUAAUCCUAAUGAUAAGCAAUAA